ACCCAGCUGGAGGAAGGGGCGGCGGCGGCGGCAGCGGCCACGAUGAGCGCGGGCGACGCUGUGUGCACCGGCUGGCUCGUCAAGUCGCCCCCCGAGAGGAAACUGCAGCGCUACGCCUGGCGCAAGCGCUGGUUCGUCCUCCGGCGGGGCCGCAUGAGCGGCAACCCCGACGUGCUGGAGUAUUACCGCAACAAGCACUCCAGCAAGCCCAUCCGCGUGAUCGACCUGAGCGAGUGCGCCGUGUGGAAGCAUGCGGGCCCUGGCUUCGUCCGGAAGGAGUUCCAGAAUCACUUCGUGUUCAUCGUGAAGACCACUUCGCGUACGUUCUAUCUGGUGGCCAAGACCGAGGAGGAGAUGCAAGUGUGGGUCCACAGCAUCAGCCAAGUCUGCAACCUCGGCCACCUGCAGGAUGCUGCAGAUUCCGUGGAGAGCCUCACUCACACGCCCUCCUCCCUCCAGCCGUCCCCUGCCAGCUUCCUCCACACCGCCCAUGCUGUCAGCUCCCCCUUGCCAAGAGAUGACCCACACUCUACUACCAUAGCCACCGAGGAAACCAGAAGUGAGUCAGAGCUGCUCUUCCUUCCUGAUUAUCUGAUUCUGUCCAACUGUGAGAGUGGAAGACUGCACCACGCCAGUUUACCCACCAGAUGUGACAGCUGGUCCAACUCAGACCGCUCAUUGGAACAGACUUCGUUCGAUGAUGUUUUUGUUGACGGCCUGCAGACGCUGCCCUACAUUAACCUGGUCCACCCCUCAGCCCAGCGGAAUGGGUCUCAGGAGGCGCCUCCCACAAGGCCGCAGGCUGCCCUGACCUGGAGCAGAGAUAUCAAUGGGCCGGCCAGGGACCACUUUGCCUCACCAUUGCUGGAAACUUCCUUACAUCCCACCCUCCGCGUAGAUAAAAGCCAACGCUCCUUACCCUUCGGAGUGAAAGAACUAGACCUGGUGGCCACCAGGCCACCUCCCCGCCCGCCUAAGCCACUUCAUCUCUCUGAACGGCGCCGUGAGGAGCAGCUACUGUGGGGUGGGCACAGCAGCUUCAGGAAGCCAGAAUGCACUGCGGCGCCGAGAAGGAUCUCCCUCUCGGGGUUAGAUAACGUGAGAACCUGGAAAGCUGAUGCAGAAGGCCAAUCCUUAAGACACCGAGACAAGCGGCUGAGUUUAAAUUUGCCGAGCAGGUUCUCCCCGAUGUACCCCCCGACGUCAGCCAGCGCCGAGGACGGCUACGUGCCCAUGGGCCCCCACGUCGCCGCUGCUUGUCUCCGAACCCCAUGCAGCCCCGACGACUACAUCCCCAUGAGCUCCGGAAGCCUCGUGAGCCCCCUGCCCAAGCUCCCUCCGGACCUGGAGCCUCCGCCGGUGAACAGAGAUCUCAAGCCUCAGAGGAAACCCCGGCCACCUCCACUAGACCUGAGAAACCUGUCUACCAUCCGGGAACAUGCUUCUCUAACCAGGACCCACACUGUGCCUUGCAAUCGGACCAGCUUUCUCUCUCCAGGAAGAAACGGUAUUAAUUCUGCAAGAUUUUUUGCCAAUUCUGUUUCCAGAGACGAGGAAGAAAGCUACAUCCAGAUGGAGGAACAGCGAACAGGCAACUCUCUGAGUGGUGGUUCUGUGAUGUGGACAAAGAAAUGCAGCCUGGAUUACUUAGCCCUGGACUUCAAUUCAUCGUCACCAGCUCCUGUACAGCAGAAACUUCUCCUUUCUGAAGAGCAAAGAGUAGACUAUGUCCAGGUGGAUGAGCAGAAGACGCAAGCUCUCCAGAACACAAAGCAGGAGUGGACCGAUGAGAGGCAAUCCAAAGUGUCACGAUGCAGAGAGAACUUGUAAUGUCGUGGGCUUGUGGGAGAGAGGAUCUGUUUGUGUACAUUCGACGGGGAGAAGAAGGAAGCAGCAUCUUCCCGGAGGGGGCUGUGAUGGAGCCCAGCCCCUCUACACACCACCACCUGUCACAGAAGUUUGCUCCUCUGUCCACACCGGCCCGUGCCCAGAGCCUCAGGGAUGCAAAGAGCUGGCUCUACAGUCACAAGAGGCGGAGAUGGAGGAUUGCACGGCCAUGGCCUGGCAUGGGGAAAACUUCAUUCAUUCCAACAGGGUAUUAACAAUCAAAAGAAAACUCGAGAGACUAUUUUCAAAGACUUUGGUGACAAAUCUCUCCAGUGGAGGAUUUGAAGUGCAGAUCGUAAGCCGGUAUUCCUAACUGACAAGAAGACAUCCUUUGACUCCAAUACCUGAAAAUGGACCUCUCUCUCUCAUGCUUCUGCUGACAUGAUACAUUUUCCCAGCAGAGAAGCCCCGAGGACACAGCUGAAGAGAUCAAGCCAGCAAUGGUGGGAGAAUCUGCACUCCUUCCUCCAUAGGCUCCAGCAGGUAGAUCGUUGUUAUCCCCCAAAGAAAGACAAUUUAAGUGACGAGGCAAUGGUUCCUGGGCUCUGCGGUGGCCAUAUCAGAGGACAGCAGUGGGGAUUAAGCCACCUGGGCCUGCUCUGAGGAUGUCGUGGUUUAAGCGGCUACCUGUGGCUCGGUAUGCCAUUGCUGUUGACCUGUUUCCGGCAUGUUUUCACGUGUAUCAUCGCCUCUUCCCCCUAAAAGACCCCAGAGGCCCCGGUUGGCAGAAACUGUUGCUCCCACUUGAAGAAAAGCAAACGAGGACCAGAGAAGGGCACACCUAGCCCACGAUCACUCAUGGAGCCGAGACACAGAGUCGGAUUUAAAUAGCGUUGGCCAGGCUGCCCAUUGCAGGUUCAUUCUACCAUCUCCCACUGACUCUGAGGGUUUCAAAAAAGACAUAUAUAUUGAUUUCAGAGAGGAAAGGAGAGGAAAGAGAGAUAGAAACAUCCAUGAUGAGAGAGAAUCAUUGAUAGGCUGCC